CUCAGAAUGUGUGCGUGAGUUUGAUUGGAGGCGGAAGCGAAAUCCCAAAUGAAAAUAAGGCAACAAAACAGCUGAUGGACAAGAGAAGAGAGACUUUGCUGUAAAUAAAACUACUUAAUGGCCUUAAUACAAACAGAAUCCAAUGGCAAAGGUACCGGACUAGUCGGUAUUCUUCAAAGUGGCGUCAGAAAAGUAUGUCCAAGUUCUAAAACAGCGAAAAUGCAGCCGAAGGACACGGAGUUUAGCACACAAGGUCUCCCAAAAGCUUUCCUUCAUAGUUUGCGGACUUUGUUUGAUAUUCUUGACGAUGGAAGAAGGGGUUACGUUCACAUAUCUGAGAUUGAGAGUCGGUGGCGUGGCGCAGAGGCUCGCGAUUUACCCGCUGGAGUUCUGGAGAGUUUGAGGCGCGUCGCACCGCAUCACGGCUGUCUGACUUUCGAGCGGUUCGUCGCGGGACUUAGAAACUCGAUGUUCAAUCCCGAAAACGGCUGCAGAUCGAUCGUUUCAAACCACCAACAGCAGCUGAAAUCACAGCAGAGAGCCGGCGGUACCGCGCGGCCGUUAGACUGUAAAGUUCGGCCGCUUGGACCGAGUAACGGAAUAAACACACUCCACAGCCGGCAGAAUGGACAGAACAGACGGCACGAGAGCUCUGCGUAUUUAGACAAACACAGCGAUUCUUCGCAUUAUUCUGGGGUUUCGGUCCCAUCGCAGGGCUGCGGAGGACUCGAGAGAUCUGAAUGUUCAUAUCGAUCUGAUCCGAUACACAUCGGGCAAAAUGCGCAUCAGAUCCGAUCCAUUGAAUCACUCGCUCUGGAAUCUCCUGAUGUCCAAAACACAGCUGAGAACAAUGGUCUGCCUCGGUCACAGAGUGAAACUAUGACAGGCAUCACAAGAUCCCGACGGCACACAAGGGGCAGAGACGAGCAGAGACGCCACACCAUCACAAAUGGAGUCGAUUAUGGAAUGCUAAAGCAGAUGAAGGAGCUGGAGCAGGAGAAAGACUCUCUACUAGCUGGGCUGGAUGUGUUGGAGCGAGCCAGAGAAUGGUACCAGACUCAGAUCCACAACAUCACUGAAACGCAGAGACACAUUGGCCAGAGCCAUCACUCCACCGAGUUUUUGGCUGAGUCUUGUCAAAGUCAGUUGGAUGUUGUUUUGCCUAAACUGCAGGACAUCACACGCUGCCUCAGCGAUUUACUUUCAUUCUCUAGGAAGACGUUCUCGUCAACAGGCUCCUCCAGCGCUCCUCCUGCUCCCCCUGCUCCUCCUGCCCCAGCGCCUCCUCAGGCCAUCCACGUACUGAAGGAACAGAACCGACUCCUCACACAGGAGGUGACAGAGAAAAGUGAGCGCAUCACUCAGCUGGAGCAGGAGAAAUCGGCUCUGAUCAAGCAGCUGUUUGAAGCUCGAGCUCGCAGUGCUCACGACAGCAGCGCUCUUGACUCUACCUUCAUCUGAUCACCAUCACUCGAGAGAUCUGCUCAAAUCACAAUCGUGUUCUUCUCAAUACCACACUACACAAUGAAUUAUGUCUUAAUAUGAUCACCAUCACUCCAGAGAUCAACACCACACCACACUACACACUGAAACCUCUGAGACAGAGAUUACAGAAUUUUCAGAGGAAUUUGAACAAACAACAGUUCAAUUUAUGAUACCAACACACGAUUCAUGGAGGAGCUACAUCUUGACUGUAUUAUUUCACCCUAAAUUGACCUGAAAAGGCCUGAUCUCAGUCAGCUAAGACAAAAUACCUGAGAUGAGCUGAAGAAUAAACUGGAUUUCAGUGCAGAAAGAUCGGAUGGAACAGAUAAACGCAUCUGAACAGUCUGCGUUUAAAGUUCCUACACAUUUCUCCUGUGUAGUCGAUAUGAAUGGAACUUUUAUCUGAGCGGGCAGUUAGUGAGCUCCGUUAGUCACAUAGACUUUUCCUUUUGGUUUAGUUUCAUUUGGUUUAUUUUAGCUGUGGUGCUUUAAUUAGCAUGCUGUUUUCUCUGAAAAAGUUGUAAAAAUUUCUCUCUGUCAAAGCAUCAUAUCUGCUGUUUAAAGGGGGAAAGGUAAAAAGACUUCUUGAAGACAAGAUUGUUGUGGGGAAAAAGUUUAUGAAGCUUCUUAAAGACAUAAUGUAACAAAAGAAGCAACCAAUCUUUUAUUUGUAUUGAUGUACAUCUGAGUUAAAUUGAUUAUCGAAAAAGGAAAAAUCUAGGGCAGGACUUCAGUCCAGCGGUUGUUGAUUAGAUGGAGGUAGAUGUAAAUGUGAACUUGCAGUAGACUAAGAAAGCAGCAAAAAAAAUAUCUGAGAAAUCCUGCAUAUGUCAUUAAAGAGAAGACUAAUUUCAGCAACUGUUAUGACAUUAUGAUUACAAAUUAUGAGGUCAAAAAAUUGUAAAUGCACCUCACAAGCCCAUGCUUCUGUUCUCUAGUUGCUGUAUGGA